UCGCAUCACUGCAGUAGGAGUUGCACGGAGCACACGGAGCCGCAGAAUGCUCCAAAGGAUCUGAAGAGCUUCCAUCGACUGGCUAAAACCGAGGCAUUCUUGCAGACGCAGUUGGGUGGCCCAAAAGUUCGGGCGGAAUCGAAAACAGAUACGGAAACAGACCGCAAGAUGAUAAAACUGCGUCCAUAUGUGCCCUCGAAGAGGAUUGCCAUACGGGACUCGUCUAUUGAUGAGGAUGCCAGUGACGACGUGGAGGACGAGGUUUUCAUCAAGGAUGCCCGGUCGGCCAAGCGCUGCGAGGAGCAGGGCUUAAAGAGACCCUUAAUGGCUCCCCGCCGCAAAAACAGCUCCGGAUGUGGAACCGGAUCGGGAUCCGGCUCUGCUCCAAUAAUGAAGCAGCACAGAAGACGGCGCUGCUGUCGCUGCUGUGAGCCCUUCUGCUAUGCCUUGGCCGCUCUAACUGUACUCUGUGCCUUGCUCAGUCUGGCGGCCCUGAUGCUGACCCUCUUCCCAAUACCGCUGACACGCAUCAAGCACUGGUGGCGCACAGAUCCCUCCCAACUGGCAGCCAUCUCGGACAGUUCCUCCCACAUCGGGUAUGGCAGCUCUUUGGGCAGCGAAUUCGUGCCUUGUACACAGAUCAGCGUACAGAAGAGAUGGAGCCGGAGCCUGGCAAGGAUGAACAGUGAAAGCCCGCUGAGGGCGACGGAUCUGAACGGAGAUGGAAUCAAGGACAUAGUAUUCGGCUACGGAGUAGACGACAACAUCCACUACGAGGGCAUUCCGUUGCCUCGCUGUCAGGCUACCAUGCAGGGGGAGGAGGUGCCCUGCGAGGGCGGGGUGGUGGCUCUCAACGGACUUGAUGGCUCCAUUUUGUGGCAGUCCUGGAGCGUGGCCAAUGUUUUCUCGCUGCACUGCAGCGCCGAUGUGGAUGGAGAUGGAGGCACCGACUGCGUAGCAGCCGGGAGAUUGGGGAUGAUCUACGCCAUCAAUGGCCGAACGGGAUCCGUAAUCUGGCGUUUCCAUGAGCUGGAGGUUGAGACAAACUCACCAAUUGUAAUGGACCUGUACACCAUCAACGUUCUCCGGGAUCUCGAUGGGGAUUCAGUGCCAGAGAUCAUAGCUGCUCAUCUAGAGGAGCGCGAGGAGUCGAAGGCCGGUCACAUCAAGCUGAUAUCUGGGAAAACCGGCAAAGUCAUCCGCAGCAUUCCGACGCCCUAUCGCGAGGAGAUGUUCGUGCCUAUUCAACUGGUCACCCAGGCGGAUGGCACGGAGCUGCUUCUGAUACUCACCGGAGGCCAGAACACUCCCGGCGGCAUCUACUCCCUCCGACUCCAUUCGCUGAUGGCGCACACAAGUGAGAAGCACUUCACGCCCCUCUAUCGCCAAACAGGAUCGGGUCUAAUGGUGCCUGCCGUGCUCAGUGAUCUCAAUGGCGAUGGCGUAUCCGACGUGGUGGUGGCUGCCUUUAACAGAAGCAUCAUCGCGUUCGAUGGAGCCAAUUACACUAGACUGUGGAACUAUACAUUCCCGGCCAGUGAGUGCGUCAGUGCCAUAGUUCCUGGCCAUUUUAAUCACGACAAUGUGACGGACUUCAUGGUGAAGUACAACACAGGACCUGGCUUCCCUGUAUACUACUACUCCCAGACCACAAUCCUGGACGGAAGUACUGGCAAGCCGCUCCUGAAUUCGGUAAUGACGGAUGCGGGUGGAGCCAACAGCCUGCUGGGCGGAGUCUCGAUCUCACAGACUUUCGGAGGGGAUUUCUUUCUGCACUGGCAGCUUCAGUGCCGAAAUCGCAUGGAUGCCCGAGAUGCAUACGAGUUCGUGCCCGACAGCGACAUUAUCCUACAGGCUAGGGCCGACACCUGUCGUCUUCGAUAUAACGAAUCUACGGUCCUCAAGCUCUACGGGAUUGCCAGGCAUAUUGAGCCUCCCGGAGCGGUGCUCUUCAGCACUGAUGACUUGGAGGUUCAACUGAAUCGCACGAUACGUCCGGCGGCAGCUGGAAAGAAGUCACCAUUAAAGCAUCCAAAAUUGCUCAAAAAGCUGUUGGCCGGAAAUCGGGAGCAGCUGCUUCGCCAGGUGGCCGCCAGCUCAGGCUUGGGAAGUGACAGCGGAACAGAGCAGCCUGGCAGGCGACCGAAAGCCCACCAUCGACACAAUCCAUUAAUGGAGCAACAGCUCCAGGACCUACUGCCCCAGGCAGCGGAAAACGAACUGCCAACAUUUGGAUUGGGAGCUGGUUAUCCCAAGGAGUUUAAGGACUACGAUCCGCUGCCGCAGGAGAACACAAAUCAGCUUCGAGUUCCCGAAGAAUACGAACUGGUGUACAACGAUGAUGUGCAGCCGUUACUGGAGCAGAGCGAUCGUCCCAUCCAUCUGCGCUCCAAGUAUCCUAGUUCUGGGAAUCGUGACGUGAGAAGUGGCGACCUGGACAGCAGUAACAGUAGCACGCCCACCGUACAGGCAUCGCCGAGCACCACCGAACUGCCCAUAUCUGCCCAGUCGCCACUGAGCCUGUGGGAUCUGGAGCUAGACAACGAGGCGCGGGAGCAGGCGGUGGAUGCGGAUGCCAAAAAGCAAAAAAGGCGUCGAAAGCGACGAGGAACGAGUGCCUCCAGCACUACCACAACCGCAGGAGACGAUGUCACAUCGGGAGGCGACACGUCAACUGGGUCAGACUGGUACUUGGCUUCCAUCUCAUCCACUGGUGUGCUUUUAAAGGCGCUAGGCAAUGCCAGCUCCUCGCUAGACUUUGCCUUUGUGCUCAAUAUCCGCGAGUCUGAGGCUUAUCCGCCUCUAUUCUCGCCUCAGGACUUGAGUUGUGUGGAGGAGAAAGUUAGCGCCUAUAAGAGCUUCACCAUCGAUAGCUCGCGCCUUCUGCGCAAACAGUUCCUUAAGGAGUGCCUCAGCGAGCGCCUGGUGGAUGCAGAGCCAGCCCUGCCUAAGUAUGAGUCACAAUUGGUGGUGACCCGCAUCGGGAUCACCUGCUCCUGCAGAUCUUUGCGUCCCGGAGAGGUCUGUUCGGAGCUCGAUCCGCUGGAAUCGCAGCGGUGGACAGAAUUUAUGGGCAAUUCCGGACACGGCUACUACGCCAAUCACUAAUACUAAUCGCUGAAUGAGAAGAAGGUUCAAAACGGAGCUGAAGGAUUUUUGGUCCUUUUGGCCAUCUUUCAGCCGGUGUUCCUUCUUUCAUUAGUGCUAUCCCUUUCUCUCGAUGUCUCUGUCUCAACAGUCACUAUUGUAAUUUAUCGUCAUUUACGUGUUGUGGGGUUUCUUGUAAUUGUAACAGUAUUUACCUGUGCGUAUUUAUUUAUAUUUUACGAGUUCUUUUGACAAAUAAAGCUAAUCCAAUUCAAAAA